AUGGACAAAGAUUGCGACAUGGUAUAUAAGAACAUCUCUGACAUAUAUAAAUCGGGGGAGUUUAAGACAUACGACAACUUUGUUUCAUUAGCUGCAAAAUGUGUAUGGCAGAUAAGAGAUAAAGAUAGAAGAGGUAAGGUAUGGAAUGAACAGAUAAAACCAACUGCUUCAGAUUUAAAGAAAACCAUUGACGCCUUGGUUGUUUUAGCAGGUAAGGUUUCAGAAUAUAACGCAAAAAUGAACCCGCAAUGUUCUAAAUGUAAGGCAGCAAUAAGGAAAUAUAACUAUUCAGUAAAAGAGAUAGAAAGAAUGCGAAACGACUAUGCAGACUUAAAGAAAGAAGCAGAGAAGCCGGUAGAAGAUAAAAUGAACAUGUUAGAAUUUCUGAACAAAAACUAUCCAACUGCUGACGAUUUCCUUCUAUCUGAUGUCAAGAAGAAGUAUAAAGAAACUUUCGGUAUCGUUAAAACAUUCGAUGUACUAAAAGAAGAAAUAGAAGCUACAAAACUGUUUAGAAUCUCACGAAUUCAUAACGUUUACCAUGUAAAACGGUUAUAA